AAGCUAUUAGCAUUAAAUAGCGAAACGUCAGUAAAAACAAUAUCGUUUUGUGAAAUACAAAACGCCUUUAUUCUAAUGAAUAUCACUUAACUAAUUUAAUGGAUUCACGUAAAAUGCUUUGCGAUCAACUACGUGCUAUUGAAAGCAAAAUAGAAGGUUGUCAACAAAAUGAUGAACCAUACGAUAUGUAUGUUAAUGAAAUGAACAGUCUAACAGAGACAAUUCAAUCACAAACACAACAGAUAAGUGAUGCUGGUGUACGAUCAUCAACUGAUGCAGGAGGUUGUUGUGGUGUCGCUGCAUCAGAUCCUGAUUGUCAGAUAUUAUCGUGUCGUUUAGUACAAUAACAUAAUAUUCAAGAAGCAGGCAUAGCUUUGAAAUAUUUAUUUGAAAAAAGUAAAUCUUUGAUUGUUAGUUUUGUAUGCAAAAAAUGUUUAUUGUCUUUAGUCGUUGUGUAACACCAGAAGACAAGGACCAGGCAACAGAUCGUUUAUUAAGGUAAUCAACACGUAUUUAUAUAUUUUCACGUACAUUAUUAUAGAUUAUUUAAGCAAACAAAUACAGUCUUCUAAUUGGUUGUUUCUCACUGAAAGUUAAUCUUUCAUCUCUUAGUGGCUGUUUCUUGAAUAUCACAUCAUCUAUAUGCUAACUGUAUCCGCCUAUGCAAAGUCUGGUUUGGUUGGUUGUUGAAUAAGUCUUUGUUCAUAUUUUCUCACGACCAAUAUUGGGGACGUAAAAUUUGACGUAAAUUACUGUCUGCCAAUUUGGCUAGCAGCCUGCUCUCUCCACACUCGUCCCCCCGUCAAAUAGUUUGGACUGAAGUCGGCUUGAUCUUCUUGGUGCUGGCGUCAUCGUUGGCUUGUCUCGCUCUAUCCAUUUCUGGAGCUCGCUGAUGUUCACCCGCUUCUCUGUGUUUGCAUUUUCGGUGGUAUAUACUUGACCCGUCUCUCAGUGACCGUGUAUGGUCCUUCCCGCUUCGGUAGCAGUGUUCGCGACCAUGGUGCGUAUCCGCCGGUGUUUCGCCUAUCUCUACAUUUGACUUGAUCUCUGAUCUCGAAUCCGGGGUACUUCCCCUUUCGCCUCAGUUCGGUUUUCACAGUGUCCACUUUCUGUUUUCGUUUUACGUUGUUGAUGGCUUUUCUCCUCUCCGUCCGCCAUCUCGUCAUACUCCAAUGCUGAUGGAGGGGCCAGGUCUUGUUAAGUAUCGGUAUCCGUGGUUUCCUCCCAGUUAACAGCCUUUGUGGCCAGCCACUCUUUCAGGGUGUGGUUAUUUCUCUCGGUCAGCCCGUUCGUUUGUGGGUGAUAUGGCGUUGUUCUAAUUUUCAUGAUACCUAACUGUUGCAACCGACCUUCAAACUCUUCGCCUUCAAACCAAGGACCUUGGUCUGUCAAUAUUGCUUUUGGCACACCGUGAUUUGCAACGAUAUGUAGAACCACUGCUUCUGUGACCGUUUUUGUGCGUUGAUCAGGGAUCGCGACUGCGUCUAGCCAUCGUGUGGCAUGUUAUGUCAUGACCAGAAGAUAUUGAUUGCCAUUGGACGUUAGUCGAAAAGGUACCAUUAGGUCUACGGAAUCGACUGCGGUGACGGUCGUAUGUACUGAUCACCUUUCAUCAGCU